AUGAUGCCUCUCGCACCGACUCCUGUCUUGGCGGUGCCCUCGAAGCCGAAGAUAGGAUUUAGUAUAGACAGUAUCGUGGGUGGUUCGGAGAGGUCGAAGCAUACGUCUCCUCCGUUGGCAAGUCCAGGGUCGCCAUCCCCUGUCGCCUCGCCUCGUAGCCCAUCGCCCAGACCUCUGCUGCGGCCAAGUGCGUUGCCAGCUGUGUUCCCGAGCCCAGAGUUAAAGAGACUGCCGUACUUAGACGCUCAGAGUCAUCACCAUCAGUUCUUGGCACAUUUCCAAGGUGCCGCUUUGGCUGCAGCCUUAGCCCACCAGCAGCAAGGGUUUGGGGGUCCGUUACCACCCCACCCGCCUCCGCAUCCAGCGGCUCCGGUGCCGAGAGAGUCCUACCAGCUGUACCCGUGGCUGAUCAACAGGCAUGGAAGGAUUUUCCCACACCGGUUUCCGGGAGGUCCCGACAUCCCCGGAUUCCUCCUGCAGCCGUUCAGGAAGCCGAAGCGGAUCAGAACCGCCUUCUCGCCGUCACAGCUCCUCAAACUGGAGCACGCCUUCGAGAAGAAUCACUACGUGGUCGGUGCUGAGAGGAAACAGCUGGCCCAGGUGCUGAGCUUGACUGAGACACAGGUGAAGGUGUGGUUCCAAAACAGAAGAACGAAACACAAAAGAAUGCAGCAAGAGGAGGAGGCAAAGACUGGCACCAAAUCCGGCUCGUCCAGCUCAAAACCCGAAGAUGGUAACCAGUUUAACAACUCUUACGAGGAAGAAGACGAAGAACUAAUAGAUAUGGACAUGGACGAGUUAAGUGAAAGUGAAAACGAGACGUAA